GUUAACAUUCAGAAGCCGCUUCUGCCUCGCACCAUGAACUCGCUGGCCAUCCUGCUGGUCCUCGUGGCCGCCGUCGCUGCUGACAAGAUCCCGGACUUCGUGGUCCCCGGCCAGUGUCCUACCGUCGACGAGAGCAAGUUGUGGACCGAACAGAAACCUAACCAUGCCAACUAUGCGGGCGUCUGGUAUCAGUUCGCUCUCACCAACAACCCCUACCAGCUGAUUGACAAAUGCGUCAGGAACGAUUACUCCUUUGAUGGAAGUCAGUUUGAUAUAACAUCAACGGGCGUGACUGCUGACGGCAGCCUGUUGAAGCGCAACGGGAAGGUGUACCCCAACCCCCUCGGUGAACCUCAUCUCACCGUCGACUACGAGAACUCCUGGGCCGCCCCGUACGUGAUCCUGGACACGGACUACACCAACUUCGCCUGCUUGUACUCCUGCCACAGCUACAACUUUGGUUAUUACUCCGACUUUGCCUUCAUCUUCACCCGCUCUCCCAGCCUAGCUGACAAGUUCGUGAAGCGGUGUGAAGCUGCCUUCAAGAGCAUCAAUGUUGACACUUCCCGCUUCAUUAAGACCGUCCAAGGAACGUCGUGUAACUAUGAUGUUCAAAAAACUCUCUAAAGCAUUAACUUCUCUGAUUUACUGAUAACUUCACGUAAGUGGGUUAAAUAUCGGUAUAAGAAGCUGAUAGGGAAGCGAGAGAGUUGGAGGCGUGAGUAGCACUAGAGAUCAAAUGAUUAUAUUUGACUGAAAGUGAUAUUGACCGUGUACAUACAUGAUAGCGCAAUUAUAUAUAUCUAUAUAUAUAAAUAUAUUGUAUAUAAUAUACAUAUACAAGGAAAAAUCCAUUUUUAACAUGUAAGUUAAGAAAUAAGUAAUGAUCAUGAAAAUAAAUCCUCAAUCAUUA